UUCGCUUGAAUAUGACUCCUGUAAAUAUCACUCGAUGUUGCUGCCAAACGAUUACCAUUCAUUAAAAUUUGCAUAUUUAAGGACAAGGAUAUGCUGUUUUUUUUUUUAAAUUAUCUUAAAUCUUCUACCGAAAUUCCCAUUAUUAUGUGGAAAAUUUUUCUAUACCGAUAAACAGAUAAAAAACUGGACAAAACACUUCUCAUUCAAUCAGAUCAAGCAUAGUUUAAUUUACAUCUUACAUUUCACGCCAGACAAUUAUUUCCGAUGUGUUGGCCAUAAGAUAAAGCACCUAUGGCUCUAAAUACAAAUAUUAUAUUAUUAUAUCUUAUUUCUUGUUAUAUAUUCGCUUGGCAUUUCUACGUUUUCCACUUGUCCAAAAAGAUUUGUUUCUCAAAUUUGAUUCUUCAUUUCUUUGAAUUGUUAGCUUUUAAGCCGGUGCUACAGAAUCUAAAUUAGUUUAUUCAUUUGUAACUAACUUACAUAUUUGGUUGCUGCAUCCUGAAUUGUUCAGUUCAUUGUAUUUCACUAACGUUAUACGUUUUAUGAUUGAUUGAUUCUUUCCAGUUGAAGCUGUUGAAGUUGAGGCCUAAAUGAUAACAUGCCUGAUUUUUGUAUGGACAUACACUUCUCUUUCUUAAAUAAACCAAUCUAAAAGACUUUCUUUUGCGUGGUAGACAAUUAGCCGAUAUCUACAAGAUGAACAAAUGAUAUCGACACACUCUGGCGCUUUCACUACUCAGACUAAUUACUUACACAAGUCAGAUCAGAACAGCUUUGAAGAUCGAAUAAAAAGAAAAUCAAAUAAAUUCAGCGCAUCACUUGUGAUACUAACAUUUUUCAUGUGACUCACCAAAAUGUAGAUACUUAUUCAUUCUUUUUCAAUUUGAUGUAACUUAAGUAAAAGCUGACUAUUAAAUUAUAUAUUUUCACGAUCACUGAUUACAACUUAAUACUUACUUCAUGUGCAUAAUGUUUGGCAUUUAAGAUAUGAAGGUCAGCGCGAAUUUUGUUAACCAUUGCUAUGUUCAUGCAUAUGUAAACACAUUUUAGGGAUAUUUACUUACAAAUAUGUAUCAAUAUAUUAAUUUGUAAAUACUGAUCUAAACACAAUUUUUUCUUAUGGGUUCAGUGGGUGGUCAAAUAAAGGCUAGGAAGUGUGUAAUAUUACAGAACUUAUUCUGAUAAAAACGUUUUUAAUUUUUGAUCAUCGCAAGAUAAACUAUAACGUGAUAAAAAUAUUUUUGUAUAUAAUCGACGGAUGGAUUGAUGCAGAUAAAUCACUUAAAUUGGGAAGACACAGAUAUACACAAUCCAACAAUUCGAUACCUCAGCUUACUUUAUGUACUUUUUUGCAUUUUGAGAUGUAUAUAUGUAUGUAUGCUUAACCCAUUAACCACAUUUUGGUUUAAUUCUUCAUACCCAGAACUUUUUUAAAAACUCCCAUUAAUGCCACACAAUACUCUAAACCAUUGGCGUCUACUGUAUCUGCAAUUUUACCUUGCCUCGUCUAUAAGCAAACCAACACUCGUCGAUCCGAAUAAUGCCGAGUUGGAUCCUAACCGUCCAUCUAGAAAAUUCUCUGCCCCUAGGCCCCUGGAAGACCCACUCGAUGUGGAGGCUAAGGAGAAGCAGCGCCUUCGCCAAGAGCGUCUUCUGACGGUCAACGAGGAAGCUCUCGACGAGGUCGAUUUGGAGAAGAAGAAAGCCCAGAAAGCCGACGAGGCCAAGCGUCGUGAAGAGAGGGCUUUGAAGGAGGAGAGAGAACGCCUCACCGCUGAGGCCGAGAAACAGGCUGCUGCCAAGGCCAAGAAGGCUGCGGAAGAAGCUGCCAAGAUUGCUGCUGAGGAGGCUAUUCAGGCCGAGGCUGCUGCCCAAAAGGCUGCCGCCGAAUCUGCCAAGAAGGCUGAAGAAGAGGCUCGUUUAGCUGAAGAGGCUGCCAAGAAGGCUGCCGAGGAAGCUGCCCAAAAGGCGGCCGAAGAGGCUCGUUUAGCCGAGGAAGCUGCCCAAAAGGCCGCCGAAGAGGCUCGUUUAGCCGAAGAAGCUGCCAAGAAGGCUGCUGAAGAAGCUGCCCAGAAGGCUGCUGAAGAAGCUGCCAAGAAAGCCGCUGAAGAAGCUGCCAAGAAAGCUGCCGAAGAGGCUCGUCUAGCCGAAGAAGCUGCCCAAAAAGCCGCCGAGGAGGCCGCUUUGAAGGCCGUAGAAGAGGCUCGUGCCACCGAAGAAGCUCGUCUGGAGGAGGAGCAGCGCGUCCGUGAGCAGGAGCUGGAGCGCCUGGCGGAGAUCGAGAAGGAGAGCGAGGGUGAACUGGCUCGUCAGGCUGCCGAGCUUGCUGAGAUCGCUCGCCAGGAAUCGGAGCUUGCCGCCCAGGAACUGCAGGCCAUCCAAAAGAACGAGAGCGAGGCCAACGAGCCCCUGGUCGAGGAACCCGUCACCCCCAUCGAGGAGCAGGAACCCGCCAUCGACCUGAGCUCCAACAUUGAAGACUCUGCCCCAACUGGUGGCAACAGCUACGAGGAGGAUGUCGAUGACGAAGAGGAGGAGGAAGAGGAGGAGGAGGAGUAGAUUCUACACAAUCAUCAUGCUGUCAACCUUAAUUAAACAAAAAAAUAAAUAAAAAAUAUUAUAAAGUCAUUAUAAAGUGAAGACGGGGUAAAAUAUGCAAUGUUAGAAUUGGAAAGUGUAAAAUAAAUUCGAAUAAGUUGAUAACAUUUUAAAAACUAAA